AUGCCCUCCGCUUUCGGAUUCGACGAAUUGAAGAAAGGCUAUUUCCCCCACUUUUUCAAUACGGAACAGAACCAGAAUUACGUAGGACCUUAUCCACCGGCAGCUUUCUACAAACCGGACGAAAUGUCUACCAGUGGACGAAAAGCUUUUUUUGAAUGGUACGACCAACAGAGGGGAAAAGUGUUUGAUUUCCAGAAAGAGUUUGUAGGGUAUUGUGUCUCGGACGUCGACAUUUUACGCCGAUGCUGUGCACAGUUUAGAGCCACCCUCAAGAGUUUGGUCAAUGUGGACCCUUUCCAGGAAUCCAUCACUUUUGCCAGUGCUGCUAAUUUAGCCUACCGUCGACAAUUCAUGCCUGAAGACACCAUAGCCAUCAUUCCGAACCUCGGGUAUCAACCGGCACGACAAUAUUCGGCUAAAGCCUGUCGGUGGCUCACCUGGAUGAGUCAACAGACUGGAUGUCACAUACAACAUGCCAGAAACGGGGGCGAAGUCCAGAUCGGAAAUUAUACCGUCGACGGAUACCAGGAAGCGACUCGCACCGUCUACGAAUUUUACGGGUGCUAUUGGCACGGAUGCCCCACCUGCUAUCCCAGUUUACAGACCGAAACUCAUCCUCAUCGGACCCAAUUUACUUACCAGCAAUUACACGAAGAAACCCUCAGAAGGACUGGCGAUUUAGAAGACAUGGGGUAUACCGUCCGUAGUAUCUGGGAGCACGAUUUCGAUCAGCAAGUGCAAAAAGAUGAGAAUUUACAGCAAUUUGUAGGAAACCUGGACAUUCCGGAUCCUUUGAAACCUCGAGAAGCCCUGUACGGAGGUCGGACCAAUGCCACCCGAUUAUAUUGUGAGGAAGGGGACAUGAGAUACGUGGACGUUUGUUCCCUAUACCCUUACGUGUUGAAACACAAGCCUUUUCCCGUAGGGCAUCCCGAGAUCAUCACAGACGAGUUCCAGGACGUGAGAAAUUAUUUCGGUCUCAUUCACUGUCGGGUCUUACCUCCCCGAGACCUCUAUCACCCCGUAUUACCUUAUCGGACGGGAGGCAAGUUAUUAUUUCCCUUAUGUCGCACGUGUGCCGAACGACAGGACUCUACGUCUCAAGAUCGAUGUCCACACACCGACCAGGAACGUAGUCUCACGGGUACUUGGGUGACGACCGAAUUACAUAAAGCCCUGGACAUGGGAUAUACCUUAGAUCGAAUCUACGAAGUAUGGCAUUUUAAAGAAAGCAGACAAGAUUUAUUCAGAUCUUACAUCGAUACCUUCCUCAAGAUCAAACAGGAAGCGUCCGGAUUUCCCCCCGACUGUAAGACCUCAGAACAAGAACAAGAUUACAUUCGACAAGUGUUAUACAAAGAAGGAUUCAUGAUGGACAUUCUCAGUAUCGAGAAGAAUCCAGGCAUGCAACUCUUAGUCAAUAAAGAGAACCCCAAUGAAGACAAGAUGCUAGUGAAUUAUCAAGACAAACAGGAAUUCGUCGAAGAAUGUCCCUUUGGAAACGUGGUCCUGGCUUGUUUUACUACCGCGCAUGCCCGCUUACACCUCUACGAGACUUUACAACCUUUAGGAGAUCGGGUCCUUUAUUUCGAUACGGACAGUAUCAUUUACCAACAUAUAGAAGGAGCUUUUAAUCCUACUUUGGGCAAUAGUUUAGGAGAAUGGACCGACGAAUUAGACGGGGAUCACAUCAUCAAAUUCAUGUCGGCAGGCCCUAAAAAUUAUGGUUACCGGACGGACAAAGGAACCGAGACCCUUAAAGUCAAAGGAAUCACUCUCAACCAUCGUACCUCCCAGAUCGUGUCCCUAGAGACUUUAGAAAAAAUGCUCAAAGGAGAAAUAGAGGAAGUCACAGUCCCUUAUCCCGACAAAAUCCAGAGGACUCGUGAUCAUGAGCUCGUGACCAAACCAUUAGAGAAAAAGUAUAGAAUUGUAUAUGAUAAGAGACAAUUGUUACCCUCUUAUAACACUUUACCUUAUGGUUAUUGA